UAUUAUCCGGACGUUUUUAGUCGCGCUUUGAACCGUUCGGGACGAUGGCUGUCUGGACCGAGCACAAGACCAAGGACGGGCGGUCGUACUACUACAACAAGGCGACCAAGGCCAGCGUGUGGGAGAGGCCCGACGACUUCGUCCCGGCCGAGGUCCCGUCGGCCUCCAAGCAGGCGUGGGAAGAGCGCAUGGACAAGACGAGCCUGCGCCUCUACUACUACGACCGCGUCUCCAAGACGUCGCAGUGGAUCAAGCCCGAGAACGUCGAGAUCACGAGCUACGUGACUAAGGACGACCUCGAGAAGAUCGCGUCCAAGGCCGACGGCGCUGCCGACGACGCGACGGCCAAGAAGCUCGAGAAGAAGAAGUCGUCGUCCAAACUCACAGAAGACGCCGAGAGCCCAAGCCGAAAGCGCGCCAAGCGGAAAGCGACUGAGGACGACGAGACACUCGUGGCAAGCGGCGAGGCGCAAGUGACAGCGACCGCGGACGACACGAGUGCCAAGGACGACGAGAAGGCCAAGAAGCGCAAGAAGCGAGAGAAGCAUGCGUCGUCCAAGCUCAAGGCCAAGAACAAGCCCAAGCGCACGGGGCGGGCGACGUCGACACUCAUCUUGCGCGACGACGACGACAUGGGAGCCCUCGCAGAGGCGAUCCAGGACGAAGCCGCGCCGGCCUUCCAGAUUUUGGGCAAGACCGAUGCGAUCAUGGAGCUCGAUAUUCUCAGCUCAAUCAACGGCUUUCUGCGCGCGCACACGGACGCCAACGGCCCAGAGCUCCUCGUCAAGCAGCUCUCGUCGUCGUACCGCGGGCACCCCGAGAUGACGCGCUUGGUCAGCAGCUGGCUCGACAUUCUCGACGCGCCCGACCCGGCGCUGCUCGCCGCCAACGGCCCCGCCACGAUGGCGUCGGUCAUGACGGCCAAGGAAGCCGCGGUCUGGGACGGCCCCGAUGCGCUGACGUUUGCGUACCUCAAGGCCUCCAUCAUGGAGCGCUACGACCCGAAACUGCUCUCGAACGUGCUGAGCGACUCGAUCGGUGAGCCAACGUGGCUGAAGGCCAUGCUUCAAGACCAGCAGUGGCGCCUCAUGCUCAUCGAGCUCGCCGAGAAGCACUCGACGUGUGGGCUCCUUCAGUAUGCGAUUCGCCGCAUCUCGGAGGCCGGGCACCACAAGGAAAUUGCGUCCAUCACGAACGCCAACGUCUUCUUCUCCGUUUUUAACGCCAUUGUGACCGACAUGCUGCAGCGGAUGCCGUCGGCGUCGGUCGAAGAGGCCCGCGACGACCUCCACGCGCUCCAAAAGAUGUGUGCGCACGCGGCCUACUCGCACGUGUACACGCAAGAGGUGCUCUUGCAGCUGGAUACGCACUUGCGCGCGCAGGACGGCGCGGCCAUGGCGCUCCGCACCAAACUCGAUCGACUGCGGCAAGAGCUGCACGGAAGCGUCCUUGCCAAGCACGGUGUCCGAAAAGUCCAGGCGUUCCAUGUCCUCAAGCGCGCGCAGCUCACGCAAACGUUCCCGGACCUCGCCCAAGCCAUCGACAUGCUGUAUCGCGAACGGAAAUGCUCGGCCGCGUGCGCUGAGCUGCUCAAGCACGUGUACGCGCAGCCAUCGCCGCCGCCUGUCGCCCACGUCCGCGAACACCUCGUGCUCGAGUACCUUACGGACGCGCUCUUCCAUCCGUACGAGUCGAUCACCGAGAGCCAUCGGUCGGCGUGCGCCCAUGUGCUGGCGUACGCCGCCAGCGUCGUCGACGACCGGUCGCUGCUCGAUACGCAUGCGAUUUCGGCGCAGGCGUGCCCGCCCUUCGAGGCGAUUGCCACCGCGCUGCAAGAAACCUCGGUCGUCUGCAAGAGUGAGACGACGCUAAGCUACAACAUGCACGAGAGCGAGGCCAUCGAGAAGGUUCUGCGGACGAUGGAGACGCCGGUCGUCGCGAUGGGUGUGCUCCACUGGCUCGGGCGGCUCCUCGAGUCCAAGAGCUUCCUCAACGGCCCGUUCUUGCAUGCCUGCUUUCCGGUCUUUCUCAAGCUCCUCCGGCACGACAUUGAGCUGCACAUGGCGCAGUGGCCGACAGUCUUCAACGUGCUCGUCAAAGCUCUCAUGUGCCAGCCCGAGUCGAAUCCUGUCAAGGUUCUCGAGCUCAAGCGCGAGACAUUGCGCUGCAUGGUGCACCUCAUGACCGUCGGGUAUGUGCUGCCGGUGCUGCACUUUAUCUCGCAGAGCACGGACGCGCUCGACCAAGCCCUGCUGCGCAACUUUGUCCAGCUCGUGCUCAGUCGCAUUGCGCCGCCGUUUUCCGAGCGCUUUGUCACCGAGUGGACCACCGUGCUCGUGCAUCCCAAGGUGCUCCUCGCGCUCAAGUCGUGCCCGACCGACACGAAGGCCAAGCUGCAGCAGUACGCGGUCUACUGCGCCGACCUUGGUAGCGCCAUCGUGCCACACGAGAGCCUCCGCGUGCUUGGCGAGAGCUUUGAUGCAUAGUCGUCGGCGUCGGCGUAGCGUCGUAAUGUAUGAGGAUGCU